GUGAGUGUAGUCAGAACAGAUCUAAUUUUAGAAUUAACCUAACUUCUAACUACAGCACAGCUUACCAUCAAGGAAAUUCGAAAAAUAUCUCAUAAGAAGAGGUUCGAAGACAAAUUUUAUCAAACCAAAAAAAAUUAUUUUUCGUUAACUUCGACAUCUAGAAUAACGAUAUUCCAUUGAUUGCAGUUUGAUUUUUGGAGAAUUGUCUUGGCAACCAAACAACAUAUAAAUAAUUAAAUUGAAAUUAUUUCUACAUAAUUUAGCGAUAUGGCUUUAAAAGCUGCUAGUAAAGUUCCUAUGUUGCUUGGUCAAUGUGUUCCUUGCAUAAAACAGAAUGCUUCAAAAUUCAAGAUCAAACGUUUAGAAUUAGACACUUAUCUCAAUAUGUAUUUUCCAAAAGUGGAAUACAUUUACGCUCAUGAUCCUUCAAAGACUUGUAAAACAGGAGAUGUUGUUUUAAUAGAACAGCUACCUGAAAAAAUGACAAGGCUCAUCACCCACAGAGUGAAGGAUAUCAUUUACACUUUUGGGGAUAUUACCGACCCAUUAACUGGUAAAAAAUGUAUAGCUGGCAAGUACAGAGACCAUAUAGAAGCUGUUAACAAGAUUUAUGGUGAGCAAGACUCGAGAUUCAAGUAUGAAGAAGCACCAGACAGAGGAUGGCAAGAAGAUAAGAAAGACUUUUCACAUGCGGAAACAUACAUAAAAUAUCAUGAAUCAGGAGAAAAUCAGCCAUAUGCAUAUUAAUUUCUGUUUAUAUUCAAUAAGAUCUUAUUGUGUAUGUUGAAGAAAUCAAAUAUUAGUAUAAAAUAGAUUUUUAAUUCAA